AUGCAGCCCGGCGCUGAACAAGUCCAUCAUGAGCGAUUGGCGAUGACAUUCGAUACCUCAUUACGAUACUCUCCUACGUCUCUAUCUUCCUUGCCAACCACCACCUCAAUAUCUGCCGAUGUCACCCGUGGUGCCUGGCGCCCCGGUCGCUUUCGGCCACAUGCUGAUGGCUCGCCAACUUCUAUUGUCAUAAACAUUAACGAUGGCGGUUCAACAGGCCGCGGAAUACUUAUUGGGAUACUGUCAGCGUUUGGGUCAGCAGGCGUCGCUGUUCUUGUUCUGGCCGUUUUCUUCUUUUUCAAGUACACCUCCCGAGGAAGGAUCAUACUAGACCGGAUAGGCCGGCCUGGCGAAUAUGAUGACGAACAGGCUUUUGCGCAUGAGGAGGCGGAAGCUUUGGAGACGAUGGAUGAAUUGCAAAGGACGGAAUAUCUGAGAGCGAAAGCUUUCACCCAAGCAAACCCUCCAGAGUCUGUACAGACUGAUAUCUCCUUGUCGCAGUUCUUAGCCAUUCAAGAGAAGGGUGUAUCGGCGUGGGAAUUUGAACCCGAGUUGGAGAUCGCUAAUUGUUUUGUCGAGGCGAGGACGGAGAUUGAAUUCUUCGAUUCAGAAUGCAGCGUUCAAAGCAACCUGCCUGUGCCAAAACAGAAUGAGGUGUAUUACUGGGAGGCCAAGAUCUACGAUAAACCGGAGACAAGUCUGAUCAGUAUUGGAAUGACCACAAAGCCAUAUCCGUUGUUCAGGUUGCCUGGUUUCCACAAAACAUCGGUUGCCUAUACCUCGACUGGUCACCGCAGAUACAAUCAACCAUUUAAUGCCACACCUUAUGGCCCUGAGUACGUCCAAGGAGAUGUCAUUGGUGUUGGCUAUCGACCGCGCACCGGCAGCAUCUUUUUCACACGGAAUGGCAAGAAACUCGACGAGGUUGUACAUAACCUUAAGACUCAGAACUUUUUCCCGACCGUUGGAGCCAACGGUCCGUGUACAGUCCACGUCAACUUUGGGCAAAUGGGCUUUGUAUUCAUCGAAGCCAAUGUCAAAAAAUGGGGUCUAGCACCGAUGACUGGAAGUUUGGCUCCACCACCGCCUUAUGGCAGUGAACAAGGGAGCAUUCUGCUCGAAACCGGAAGAGAAGGGACUCGGCAGCCUACCUACGAGCCUGGCCACUCGAGGACACGGAGUGGGCUUGCCAGACUAGGAUUGCCUUCUGGGCCACUCCGCUCGCCUACGGACAUUUCACUGGCUCAGUUGGCUCAUGUGUCAACGCAAGAUCUUCCUCAUCACGGAAACAGCAUACUUGAUCUUAGUGAUGUUCAACAUCAACCGGUCGAGAACACCCCAGCUGGCCAACAGAUCAUCCCACCACCAGAAUAUAGUAGUCCACCUGAAAGUCGUCGGAGUAGCGGCGACGGCGAUGAGGAAGAGAGACGGCUGCUGCAGGAUCGAGCAGAUCAACCACCCAUAUAUGACGCCGCUGUAAGUGAAGAGGCAGGACCGAGUCAUACAUCAUGA